AUGAUAAACCAUGGAAUGAACAAAAAAAAUGAUCAUCAAAGUAAACCAAAGGAAACAAAUUUUGAAGUAAGAAAACCAUCAUUAACAACAAAUGAUACUCAACCGUCUUCACAAACUCGAGUAGGUUUGAUACGACUUUCUUCUACAACAAAUAAAAAACCACAAACAAUUCCACAAAUUCCGACUUCAGUUCCACCUCAAGCUCCUGUUGGUGAUUUAUUAGGUGACGAUGAUGGCUUUACACCAUACGUUCAAGCUCCAAGCGUUAAAUCUCCAAUUGAUGAUGAUUUUGGUCAAUUCCAUGAAGCACCAAACAUUCCAACGAAACAAGUGAUAUCUCCAAUUAAUACAGUACAACCUUCACUCUGGCCAACAGCAACAACAACAACAACAACUCCAUCACUUCCAGCAUCAUCAUUGCUAUUUGAUCCAUUUGAAUCAUUAGAACAAACUACAUCAACUUCAAGUAAUCUCGUCCAACCAAUAGAUCCAUCAUCAACAUCAUUAUUCACAACACCCAAUGUAACUUCUUCAAAUGAUUUAGAUCUAUUUAUGAUGCCAACUCAAACGACUCAACAAUCAUCAAUGUUUUUUCCUGCUCAACAACAACAACAGCAGCAGCAGCAAUCAUUUGGACGUCCACCGAUGUUUCAACAGCAACAACAAUCCAUGAUGUUUGCACAAACACAACAACAACAAUUUAAUAAACCAAAUAAUAAUGGAUUCAAUGCUGUAUUUCCUGAUUCAUCUCCGGCAGUUGCUCAAUCGCAGCAACUUGCCAACAUGGAGAAACAGAAUACUUGGACAUCAGCACAAGGUAAAAUUGAUAUAUCAUUAAAUAAUCUUAUACCACAUACACGUGGUGAUCCUCACAAAAAUUCUCUACCUCUGAAUCAAUUAACCAGUCCAACAAGUCCAACAAAUAGUGAUUUUUCAUCAUUAAUGAUGAUGAAUAACAAUACUCAAUCUAUAUUUUCGAAUUCAACACUUCCAAUGAACGGUUCUGGUAACCGUCCAAUACUCAAGUGA